AUGCCUCUCCGUGCCAAUGUCUACGUCGUCCCGCCAAUUCCGUGGGAAUUGCCGAACACGGGCGGAAGGCAAGGAGGAAUCUGGUCGCCAACAUCUCUCACUUUAAUCCAUGGCGAAAAGGAGGCGCUUCUUGUGGACACUCCAAUCACUAUCCCUCAGACAGAAAAGUUCAUUGAGUGGCUCGAGAAGACAGUCCCAGGAAAGCGCCUGACAACUGUCUAUAUCACCCAUGGCCAUCCGGACCACUGGCUUGGCCUCUCGACUUUGAAAAAGAAAUAUCCGCACAUACGCAUACUAUCCACGGCAGCCACUUUGGAGCAUAUGAAGUACAAUGUCCGCCCAGGUAUCUUUGAAAACGGUUGGGGAGCUAUGUACCCCAAUGGGCAGAUCGAUACCGAUUUUGUAUUUUCAGAGGCGCUUCCUGCUACCGGGAGAUUCGAUAUCGAAGGCCAUGAGUGUCACGCAAUUGAAGUGGGCCAUUCUGAUACAAGGGAUUCAACCAUUCUCUGGGUCCCGAGCCUCAAACUCGCCGCUUGUGGAGAUGUUGUGUAUGGAGAUGUUCACCAGAUGUUAGGUGAGGCAAACACGACAGAGCUACGUAAUGAAUGGAUCUCGGCCAUCGAGAAGGUUGAAGCUUUAGGCCCUGAAAUUGUGAUAGGGGGGCACCGGAUGAGUGGGGAGGUAGACGGGGUAUUCCACUUGGCUGCAACAAAGCUAUACAUUCAGCAAUUCGAAAAGCUUCUCCCAACUUGUAAGAGUUCUGACGAGCUCCAAGCAAAGAUGGAAGAGCUAUACCCGCAUAUAUUUAACCCCACAGUUUUAAAAUGGGGUUGUAAUGCUGCCUUCGGUCUACCAAUGUUUGCGGGGCUGUAA